GCGUUUCUCGCUGCAAAGAUAUUCAUUUUACUUCUGUGAAAUUCCUGCAAUCCAAAGAUGGCAGCAAAUAAGCCCAAAGGUCAGAAUUCCUUGGCUUUGCACAAAGUCAUCAUGGUGGGAAGUGGUGGUGUGGGAAAAUCUGCUUUAACGCUGCAGUUCAUGUAUGAUGAGUUUGUGGAAGACUACGAGCCUACUAAAGCAGACAGCUACAGGAAAAAGGUAGUUCUGGAUGGGGAAGAAGUCCAAAUAGAUAUAUUGGAUACGGCAGGGCAAGAGGAUUAUGCUGCAAUUAGAGACAACUACUUCCGAAGUGGAGAGGGAUUUCUUUGUGUCUUCUCUAUUACAGAACUGGAAUCUUUUGCGGCUACAGCAGAUUUCAGGGAGCAGAUUUUAAGAGUAAAAGAGGAUGAGAAUGUUCCCUUCCUGCUAGUUGGUAACAAAUCCGAUUUGGAAGAUAAAAGGCAAGUUUCUGUAGAGGAAGCAAAAAACAGAGCUGACCAAUGGAAUGUUAACUAUGUGGAAACCUCUGCCAAAACACGGGCUAAUGUUGACAAGGUAUUUUUCGACUUGAUGAGAGAAAUAAGAGCCAGAAAGAUGGAAGACAGCAAAGAGAAGAAUGGGAAGAAAAAAAGGAAAAGCCUAGCUAAGAGGAUCAGAGAAAGAUGCUGCAUUUUAUAAUUAAAAAUCCCAAAUUCCUUUCCUACCUUGACCAUACUAAAAAAAUACCAAACCCAUAAUUUAUAAGCAUGCCAUUGAAGGCUCAAAUGACUGAAAUUAUCCUAACAUGUUGGAAAUUGUAAUGUAUCACUAAAAGCAUGAAUUGGAACUGCACUGAAAGUCAAAUUCACUGAAAAAUUUAUGUGGCUUCCAGAGAAGCAGAGGUCAACCCAUUUCAUAAUUGCCUACAUGAUCACAUUUCUUCUGAAUGUAGUGUUUCAUAGGCAGUCUUAACUGUAAACAGAAAGAAGUAGUACUUUCUGAUUUCUUGUAAAGCAUAAAUUUUAUAUCAUUAAGAAUUGUCACUUCAUCUUGUCUUCUACUGCCUUGAAAAUUACAGUUGUAAACAUGAUACCUAACUAACUGGUAUGGAGUUUUCUUGCUGUGGAGAUAAGCAGACUAUAAAAGAGUGGUAUAUUUGCAUAACUUAUACUGGGAGUCAUUUAUACAUGGAUCUGCAUUACAUGAUCUAACUUAAAGUGGUAUAAUCUUGUAUAUGGAAACAUUUAAAUAUGCCUUAAUUUAAAAAAAAAAACCCACAUAGAAAUAGCAGGUUACAUAGUCAAGGGUAUAUUUUCAACUUGUUGCAUGGAGACAGUGUCCCUGUGCAUCAGUAGGAGAGUGUGCUCUAGUGUGAAGUGCAGUUAUCUGAACAAUCUCGCUAACUAGCUGUCAACUAGCAGUGUCUGCUUUUAAAAUGUGUGCCAUACUCUGGUCCUCUGAGUAAUCCAGAGCACAUUUUGUCACCUGUAAGUUAAUAAAUGAUAUGGUAUCUUAAAUUUGAAGGGUCAGAAUAGAUUUAAGUUGAAGUCCAUAAGUGGUAUGGCACAGGUAAGCCCAAAAUGGGCAUUUACCUCUUAUUGUGCUGAUGCCUUGAAACUACCCAUUUGCAAAUAGUCAAUGUCUGUAGGUGUUAAAAGCCCCUGGACUUGAGCAAAGUGGAGCUCGUUCCGUAGCACUAAUGUGUUUUGCAUUAAGGUGUGGUCUGGGAAAUCUGGUGUCAUCAGUUAAUUUCUUCCUUUGUGCUCCUAAUACUAAACUAUGGGAACAUGGUGUGUUAUGCUGAAGCUACUUGUAGGUUUUGUACUGUUUAGUCUAGUUUGUGUUGAUAAUGGGGAACAUUGUAGCUACUUUUUCUAGUUUAAUGUUGAUAUCAAACAUGCUUUGCAGUUCGGAAAUAUUUACUAUGUGCAUCUAAAAAUCCCAAAUGAAAUGUACUGCCUCAGCUGCUUCAGAGUGGAAAGAAUACUAGCACACUGUUAGUAUGCUGCAUCUUAACUAAAAAUAUGCCAGAAUCUUUGGAGGUUUUGGACUUAUUUUGGAGUAGGGAAGGCUAGCUCAAUUCCACAAACUAUAUUACUUUUUUUUAUACAUGUGUAAACCUAUAACUGACAGUUCAAAAUGUGUUCAAGCAAACUAGGAAACAAAUAUGUAAUUUACAUGCUAACUAAUAAUAGACAUUUUAGGGACUCAACUCUUCAGAAAUAACAUUUGUCAUGUUUAAAUAUUUAUCAAUAAGGAAUUUUGUAUGUACAUUUAGUAGACUACCAUGUGCAGAAUUAAAGUUACUCAUGUAACUACAGCCAAGUAAGCCAGUCUUCAUCUUCCUGUGUGCUCACUUUCAGUCUGGUUAACCAGGGAGUCUAACCACUAACAUUGUGACUUUAUUUUGAGAACUGUAUAUGGGAACUGAGGUGUUAUGAAGCCACUGGACACAGGGAACUUGUCAUGGCUGAUGCCUUACCCAAUUCUUUUUAUUUGCUAUUUGAGCCAUGGAAAGAAAAAUAAACUUCCAUUUUUUUAAA